UCGGAAGUUCUGUUUCAGUUAGUUUCAGUGUGCACGUGCUGGUGAUUGAGUCGGAAUCAUGGCGGAAGACUGUGUGAAGACCGGAACAGCUGCGUUUGACAAACCCAAGGUUGAACUGCACGUGCAUCUUGAUGGUAGCUUCCAGAUCGAGACCAUACUUGAUGUGGCCAAGAGGCGAGGUAUUGCACUCCCUGUAGACACGAAAUCCGAGAUGAUCAGCCUGAUUACAAUGGAUAAACCGGAAACACUCACCAAAUUCUUGGACAAGUUUAGUCAGUACAUGCAUGUCAUUGCAGGGGACAGAGAGGCCAUUAAAAGAAGUGCCUACGAGUUUGUGGAAACCAAAGCUAAAGAAGGAGUGAUUUACGUGGAGGUGAGAUACAGCCCACACUUAAUGGCUAACUGCAAUGUGGAGCCAAUACCAUGGAACCAGGAAAAAGGGGACGUGACACCAGAUGAUGUGGUGCAUCUUGUGAAUGAGGGCCUGAAGGAAGGAGAGAAAGACUUCAAGAUCAAAGCUAGGUCCAUUCUGUGCUGCAUGCGGCACAUGCCAAACUGGUCCAUGGAAGUGAUAGAGUUGUGUAAGAAGUAUCAAAACGAUGGCGUAGUGGCGAUAGAUUUAGCAGGAGAUGAAUCUCUAAACACUGAAGCCUGUCCGCUCCACCGCAGCGCCUAUGAGGAAGCAGAGAAAAGUGGCAUCCACAGAACAGUGCAUGCGGGAGAGGUCGGCCCUCCUUCUGUCGUGAAAGAGGCUGUCGAGGUGCUGAAGGCAGAGCGUAUCGGACACGGCUAUAACGCGAUCAAAGACGAAGCGCUCUACAAACAGCUGCUCGAACAGAAUAUGCAUUUCGAGACAUGUCCAAUCUCCAGUAAAAUCACAGGAGCUUGUGAUCCAGACUUCACGAAGCAUCCACUCAUCAGGUUCAAGGAAGACAAAGCAAACUACUCCCUGAACACGGACGACCCUUUGAUUUUCAACACCACCCUGGACUCCGACUACCAGGUCGCGAAGCAGUACAUGGGCUUUACUGAGGAAGAGUUCAUGCGGCUGAAUAUAAAUGCAGCCAAGUCAUGCUUCCUGCCCGAAAAGGAGAGGAAAGACUUACUGAAUCAGCUCUACGAGGCCUACGGCAUGAUCAACGACACCAGCUUCUAGCACACGGAGCCUUUCUGAUGAUACAGUCCCACAGGAAUCUCGUAACCACGCCUUUACUUCAGUAACCAAGAGCACUCUGGUUUCUCUUUCAAUGUUUACUCUGCAAUAAUUAAACACCACUGCACAUUUUUUUUAUUUCUGUAUAAUGUGUGAAAGAGGUGCAUCAAGUCACGGACUUAAACCACUUUCUCUAACGGUGUAACUAUUGGUGAUAAAAUACUGAAAUGCAAAUCCUUCUGCCUUUGUGGUUGCAGCACACACUCCAUUACAGGUCUGAUGAAGUACGAACAACUCAGUGCUGAGUUUCCCAAAAGCAUCGCAGCACAAAGAGCAUCGUUAAAUGGUCAAGCGAGCAGCACAAUGAACUGUCUCUCUCUCCUAGUUAAGACACUCUUGGUGUUGAGAAGCUUUUAGGAAACCCACCGCUGAUCAUUUUAUUAAAACCAUCAUAUGGCAAUACAAAUUGAAAAAAUUAGAAAGCCGGAAUUAGGAUAUGGAUUGCGUAUUUCUUUAAGAUGUUAAGUUCAGAAUUAUUGGCACCCUUGGUAAAGCGUGGCAUGGUGUGCUGUGCAGGGUUCACACGGGUAUCCGGUCUUUUCGCACACAAGUCCUUUCGCGCAACUCUCAUUUCAAUGUGGAAUGGUCACAAUCCUCAAAAUAAAAUGCUCUUCUUUGUAUAGCAAGGGGUUUAUUAUGAUUUGUUUAGGGAUGAGAAGCCGGAAUCACUGUCAAAAAUUAAACUUUCGUUUUCUGCUGCUCUGGAUCAGGUGUUGACGAGUUAUUCCUGAAACGGGAUGGUGGUGUAGCGGUUAGCACUGUCGCCUCACAGCAAGAAGGUUCUGGGUUUGAGCCCAGCAGCCAACGAGGGCCUUUCUGUGUGGAGCGUGGGUUUCCUCUGCGUGCUCCAGUUUCCCCCACAGUCCAAAGACGUGGUUAGGUUAACACAGGGCAGCCUUGGUCUGAAGUGCCCUUGAGCGAGGCACUGAACCCCCAACUGCUUCCCGGGUGCUGAAGCAUGGCUGCCCACUGCUCUGGGUGUGUGCGCGCGCUUAUUGCUUCAGAUGGGUUAAAUGUAAAGAGGAAUUUCACAUGUGAUGAAUAACAUUUUUCUUCUUCUAAAAUCCGAUUCUUUGGUGUCUUUGGAUAUUUGUAAUUAAGUUAUAAGAAACUUUGAAUUGUGAGCACCUUCAUACAUCACUGUUACUUCUGAUCAGAUCACAAACUCCACUAACUGUCAGUAAUUUACAAAAUACUUCACUGGGGAAUUAUGUCUCUUGUCCCACUUGACAACCUGUGUGUUGCUGAUUUAAGAGUAAAAACUUUCUCAAAAUGAUUAAAAGUCCAUUCCAUUUAAUAACGCACAACUGUUUUCGUACGUAUUUGACUCAUAAAGCCACAAAGUGAAGCUGUGUUGAUGAGGCUACAGAAGAAGAAGAAGCCUUUAUUUGUCACGUGUAUACUCAGGCACACAGUGAAAUUCAACCUCUGCAUUUAACCCAUCUGAAGCAGUGAACACACACCCGGAGCAGUUGUGGGUUAGGUGCCCUUGCUCAAGGCCACUUCAGCCCAACCUCAGCCUAAGGCCGUCCCAUGUUAACCUAACUGCAUGUCUUUGGACCGCGGGGGAAACCGGAGCACCCGGAGGAAAUCCACGCAGACACGGCGAGAACAUGAAAACUCCAUGCAGAAAAGCCCCCGUCAGCUGCUGGGCUCGAACCCAGAACCUUUUUGCUGUGAGGCGACAGCGCUAACCACUACACCACCGUAUCAGCGAAAAGAAGCCAAAUAUCCAUCAAGCAUCUUUAAACAUGAUCAGUAAGUAUUUAUAAUAAAGCUUAAAUGUUCUUACAACUUGUGCGAAAGGACGUUUGUGGAAAAUGACCAUAAACCCUCACACGGGUCAUGGAAUUUCUGGAAUAUCACGGCAUUUAAAAAGUCUAUUCCAGAAUUGGAAAGUCGGCGGAUCGGAUCUUUUUUUGGGCCAAGUCAUGGAAUAUCAGGGAAUUUUGUUUGCAGCGUGUUUUAAAUUUUUGCUGCCGUUUAUCAAAAUGGAAUCUCUUCCAUGCAGUACUGUGUUUUUGUUUUUCUUUAUCAGUUUAUUUCUACUAUGUUUAAACUUUUGUUUUAUAGUGCAAACGUCUGUGGGCGAGCAAAUAAAGCUAGGAAAUUGACAGGUUUAAAAUACCGUGACUGGAUUUUAUGUGCUUAGGACGAAGGUGGCCUGUUUUCCCGUUGAUUAAAACUCAUGGAAAUUCAGCGUGUUAAUUCAGUGCCGGGGCUGUUUGCUGGUGGAUUUGGGGCUCUUGUGAAGAUUACUGCAGCAGAAUAUUUCAGCCCGCAACCUUGUUGUCUCUACCAGGAGGUUCAGGCUACAUCCACACAGCAAUGAGAUUUUUUUUUUUUUUUUAAAUAUCGCGUCCACAUGGGCAACAGAUCAGUAAAAUAUCAGGUUCAUAUGGCAACGCGAAGCUUGCUGAAAACGAUACAAUACACAUGCCACACCUCUACGUGCGCUGUAAGACGGUCCCAUCGGAGACACCAGAACAAUAGAAGUAGACGCAUGCGCAUAAACCCCUUCUUCUGUAGCAUCAGCCACAUAAAGUUUUGAUUAUUAAUCAGUAGCGUAAAACGAAAGACGCGGAAAGAGGAAUGAACGGGGGUAGAUGGAAGCCGGUACGCCAACAUUCUGAUAUCCUCCAGAAUUCUUUAAUGGUCCGGAAUAAAUUGAAUGCUACACAUUGAUGGAUUACUUUGUUCUUCUAUGCCCUUUUUGAGGAAUGUAUUGUCGGACUUAAACCAACAUCUGAAGAGGUGAGAUCGCUCCUUUUUUUUUUUCCUAUUUUUGCUGGCGGGAUUGUUUUUGGAAAGCGCACGGUCGGUGCGCGGUUUGGUACUGCUUCCGCAGUGUUUGGACUAAAGACUCUGCCCUAAGGGCUAUUCUCUCACUCUCUCACUUUGCACCAUUACACAAUAAAUAUUCACAGUGAAAAUAUUUUGCAAGUGUGUUUCAUGAACCAAGUUAUAGGAUUUGUUGACAACUUGCAUCGAGUUCGUUACACUUUUACCCGGCGUGAAGCACUGACAGUCAUGUGGUUGUGACGUCAUCGUAAACAAAUCCGUUCUACUCAUCCAGAUGACUUCGCAACGGCGCCGUUGCCAGAUUUUUCCACUCUGGAACCCGUUCUCAAAAGAUUUCGUUUUGGGGCACCCAAAACGCCGGUGCCGUGUGGACGCCAGGCCGAAACGAUAAACAAUUUUAUCAGAUUCACCUGAAUCCAUUGCCGUGUGGACAGGGCCUCAGACUUGGCCAUUGAUAGAGCUUUCAACAAGGUGAUGAGCCAAAAAGACUUCCCUAAACGGUGCAUGAAGUCAGUCUUUUACAAUGACCAUCUCAGUCAUUUAAACCCGACUGGAAAUGCGGACUGUAACCCCUCUACCACACGGCUCUCUCAACCUGUUUAGACAUUGCUGGAGUCGUCUUUAAGAUAAGAUAUUCCUUUAUUGAUCCCCAUGACGGGAAAUUCGGAUGUUACAGCAGCUCAAGUACAGAGGAAAUAUAGAUAAAUGCAGACUAAGUAAAAUAGAAUAAAAAUAGAACUAAAUAAGGAUGAUUGCUCGCAAGACAGCAACAAACAACAAGACUUGGUCGUGGUACCACAUCCACUAGUGGCGUAAAGCCAUAUAAAAAUGACAAUGAAGUGGGGUAGCAGUAAAUGUUCUGCAGUAACUGGUGGAACUGUAAACAGUAAAAGCGCAACAUGUGAUGAGGUACAUGAUGAUAGUGCAGAUUUUUUUCAAAAAAAGAUAGCGCUGUGCCAAUCGAAAAAGACCAUAUAUACAAAACCUAUACAUGUGUGUGCUGUGGCAGGCAUCAAAAAAUAUUAACUGUAGCAGUACUGGUAAUUGUGAAACUAGAGAAGUGCUCUAUUUGAAGAAACGUUUAAAUAAAACUAAACAAUGUCCCUGUAGCUUAAACCUUCACUUACUGCAUGUCGUGUUCUUUUUAAGUCUCGGGUACAUGUAAAGAAAUACCGUCGACCAAAAAUGACUUAAAUAAUGAAAUGUUUCAACAUUAAAAAAAAAAUACUAUAAACAGUAAGAGAUAAAUAAUGAAAAAGUCAGUAUUUGGUGUGAGACGACCGCUUUAGAAAAAAAAUAGUACUCUCAGGUACAAUGAGUGCAGUUUGAUAAGGAAAUGAGCUGUAGGUUUUACUGAGCGUCUUACAGAACCAGCCACAGUGACGCAGUCUGGACACUUUGUCACACUCGCUUCUUAAUUUUGCACCAAAACCCAGUAACCUUCUUUUUUUUUUUUUUUUUUAAUCUGAAAAGUGCUCUCUUGUGUAAUAUGCUACUCAGAUACAAACUUUUUUUUUUUUCCCUGUAACAUUAAAUUUUGUUUGAAAAUGAACAUUUGGUACUCAAUGUUUUUGUACUGACCCGAUAAUAUAUUUGUCGUAAAAUAGAAAUCUAUAACAAAGUUUGUAUGAAAAAAAACGGUAGGCCUAAUACUUUUGAAGAUGUAUGUUCUUAUUCUAUCCACAUUCACUGGAUAUGAGCAAUCGUGCGCUCUGAUUGGCUACUCUACUACCAGGAUAUCCGCUCAUAUACCAUGAGGAGAGAAAAACAAAAUGGCGGAGUGUGUUGCUGAACCAACCGAGGACGAAAUAAAAACUCUACUUGAAAAUAAAACCCCAAAAAAUACACAAUAAAAGCAACAAAAUAUGGAAUGAAAGUAUUCAAUGGUAAGAACGCAUCUUUUUUUUUUCAAGAAUUAUUAUUGUUAGAGCAUUAUUCACAAAUUGCUACCGUCAUUUCGCCGGUUUGUUUACAUUCUAAACGGAACUGAUUUUGUCAGGCGUUUUGUAUAAAGUUUUUAUUUAGCGAAUUUGCAAAAAAUAAAAAUGCUCUGUUUCCCAAAAUCCAGUGAAUGUGGAGAGAAUAAAACCGUUAUUCCACUCAAUCUGGUCGUACAUGGCUUAUCGUCAACUCGGUGCUAUGCGCCUCAUCGGCUGUCAGCUCAUGUAUGAGUCGAUUUCGUGGAAUAACGUAAAUAAAAUAUUAAUUUUUGUGAAGGGUGCCAAUAUUUCUAGAGGGUAGUGUACUACAGUAUAUCAGUUUAACAUGUGUCUAAUAGAGGUUGGAGAGUUAAGAUCUUUUUUUUUUUUCCAAUUGUUUUUACUCCAGAUUGUUGUGAAAAUGAAUCCAGGCUUUGAGCGCCAGCAGGCAUUUUUUAAAUGCGUUAAUUAUAAUAUUUUUAUGCCUUUUUAAUAUUCAUGUAUGUAAAUCUUCUUUUUUUUUUUUUUUAAAGAAAAAGGAAAAAAAAAAACCACAAGAUGUGCGUUCUGAAAUAUGUAGAAUAUUUGCUUCAUUUGAAGGCAAGGACCCGUGCUGUGGGCCGGCCCUCAUUUCUGCUUUCUGUGGAUUCCGAUGUGUAAUGCAAUAUAACAGUGAUUUAAUGUGAUUUUAGCAUUUAUGAAUGAUUAAUAGCUAUGAUUUAAUACAGAACCUGCAUUUUUACACCAUUA